AUGCGAUAUCAGAACUGGGAUGUUCUGCUGUUUCCCGGCGGUUCUAGAGUCCCGAUCCAGGAAUUCGACACCAAGUGCUAUGGCUUGGAACAGAAUGUCGGAAUCCCAGUCGCUCAGCCGCUACUCGAUGCAGACCGUAUCGCUUUCGAGUCCAUGACCGUCGUUCCCACUCUGACCUCCUUCGUGGCAAGUCUCGAACAUGGCGCACCAUUCCGUGUGUCCAUCCACAGUUGGGACAAGCCAAAGCCUUCAGCCAUCUUGCUGAAUUACAAAAUGCCCAGUGAAUCGGUGCGAUUCCAGAGUCGUGUGUACCUUGACGGAGGUCUGGUGGCCCAACGCAUGUUCGAAGGCGGAGUCUGGCCUGAGGUCAUUGGAGAUACAGAGCAAGGAGAACCACAACUUCGCUUUCCGGCCUUUCACAAAGAGAUCCUCCAGCAACCACAUUGGGAACCGGGCGAGUGCCUCGGCCGGAUCAAGGUCGUGAUAUCGGAAGGAGUCCUGCGAGAAAUGACUCCGCCGGCGCCUCCAGAGCCAAUGUUUGACCGGCUUCGAGAUAUUAUUAUUUUCUCCUUCCAGCACGCACCGCAAAAUAUCCUCGAGUUUUCAAAUAUAGCAUGGCCCAACGCGAAAAUCUUUGCGAGACUCUCCAAGCGACCAAGUCGACCAGCCCCGAUCGGAACGCGUCUUCCCCCAAUAACCGGUUACGAAGCACAUUCUCACUCUCCUCUUCGCCCGACUAAUGCUGCCCGCAGCGGUAAACCGCCCCCGAGCGGAUUUGACGGCUUUCAGAGACUACUCAAUGCGCAGACAUUUUCGGAUCUUCAGUCUGAUCCGAUCAGCAAGGCCAUAACUUUGGGAUUCGUCGAAAAGGACUCUCCGGAACAUCAAGAGCCUGCAGGAAAAGCAACAGGCAGUGAUGAUCCGUUCAUUUGUCCACAGCCAAUCUCGACACAACAAUGGCGACUACAAUUAAGGUCGACCAGCCAUGACGUCUCCAUGCCGGACUACACCUCGAACAAGACUGACAACAGCGGUGCCUGCACAGAGAUGUCCGGUGCCAGCUUCCCACGAGCCAACUUCUUGAAGCAUAUGAACGAGGCCAAUCCCGAAGAGAUUGUGCAGGCCCUGAGCCCAGACAGACAGGAAGAAUUGCUGAAAGCCCUCAGAGCAUCACAAAGUCCGGCCCGAGGGACGCAUGCCCCGACCAACACUCCCCGUUCUGUGUCAGAUCAGAGUCGACCACAGUCGCCUCAUCUCGCAGCCCGAACAGAACCGAGUAACGUUAUCAAGGUGGAAGAGGUAACAGGCCGUGGUGAGUCCAACGACGGACAGUGGCCCCGGCGAGUAGGAAACCAAGAGCAGCGACGACGGACGUACUCGGAGAGCAGCAUCAGGAGCACAUGCGCUCUCAUCAGCGACCGCUUGAAGCACGACGCGAGCCCAGGGUCGCCUCGUCAAUGGCCUGGGAAAGAAGGGGCGGUCAGCUUUGGCCCCCUCGGUGCGAAGUCGCUGUCCCUCAACAUUCACCGGCAACGGUCGAAUUCGAAUGCUUCAAAGCGCAAACGUGGAUCAAGGUCUCCUUUAAUGAAAAUGGGAAAGACACAAGGUACUAUCCAAGUCAUUAUGGAUUCUUCAUCGUUAGGGCGAGCACCGGGGACGGGCUCUCAAGGAGGUUCGCCUGCCAAUCGUCGCAUUAAGGAAGACCAGGUUGGAGGGGAAUGA